UUAUAUAUACGAGACAAGUCAGUUUUCAGUGUUAAAUAAGAUAGUGUGGUCGCACUGAUGUAUUUGGUAGGAUCUAGACAAGGUAGCAAAAUUUUUAAAUCUAACUUUUGUUAAUCGCUGCAUCGAAAGAAGAAAAGUUUGUUAAUCGAUAUCGUUAUUUUGGAAAGCAUUGAUAAGAGCACGAACUCUUUGGGUAUUUCUAAUUUUCUAUUCUACUCAUCUGGACCGCUUUAAUUCCGCGGCCUCUUAGCUUUUCUCGGCAAAUAAUCCAACGUCAAGAAAGAAUCGGAGCUCUCGAACCCAGACCGAGAGUACUUCUGCUAUCUAGUUUCUAGCGAGCAUGAUCGGUCGUCUCUGACUCUUUAUCUCAAGGUGAAGAAAAAUAUUGACUUCUUCCUUCGGUGCAAAGAGUUACUGAUCUCAUAGCGACUCUAGUUGGCUUAGAAGAGAAAGGGUGCUGACUCGUGGAGAAACCAUAAUAUUAUGCGAGCCUAGAGUCAUCUCUCAUUUUACAUUAACAUUUAUCUUCUUUUUGCCAAUAAAAUUUAUGCUUACUGUAUUGGAUUCUUGUGGAUGAGAUUGGAGAAGCACCUUAAGAACUUCAGGUUUAAGAAGAAAUUGAAGCUGCAUUAUGGGUUCUGUUUGUUGCUGUUUGCAAGUUGAGGAUUUCGAAGAAUAUGUAAAUCCUAACAGUUCAGUUUACAGAAAUUGUAUAUGUCUCAGAUGCUUUGUUCGGAACUUCUUAAACGCAUACACAGCCUUAUUCAGAAGAGGGGAGAUGCAUGCCAUCCCUUCAUCGAUUCAGGGGGCGACUUCUUUGACUUCAACAUCUUCAAUUGAUAAUUCUCUGUCUGACAUGUACCGUUCUCCUCCAAGGCCUCUGCCUUGUGAUGCUGAUCCCAGACGUUUCCGUACACAGCGUGAUGGGUUGGUCUCAAGACGUGAAAAGGGCUCAAGUCAUUCACACGAGGAAACUGAACCACUUAGAGCGAGUGACACAGACGCAGAACAAGAAUCUUUAAGUGCAGGAGACAAAUGGAAUGAAUCAGAUUGUGAUGGGGGAUCAAAAGAACGUCGUUCCGAGUCCUCACUGAAGCACUCAUUGGCAAAAGUGAUGGGUGGUGUUGGGUAUGUUUAUUCCUCUGCAGAAGAUGAAGAUUUCUGUCCCACAUGUCUUGAGGAAUAUACUACAGAAAACCCCAAGAUAAUGACAAAAUGUUCUCACCAUUUCCACCUUGGUUGUAUAUAUGAAUGGAUGGAGAGAAGUGACAGCUGUCCAGUCUGUGGAAAGGUGAUGGUCUUCGAUGAAACUAAUUGAUCUCCCUUGGGAGUUUCAAUUCAGAGAUGAAGCCCUGCAACAGAGGAAAAAAUAUAUAUAUUGUAAAGUAGUUGUGAAUAGCUGAGGUGAAAGAAGUCUUCAUCAACAAUAUAGAUGUUGAAGCUCCAAAAAAAUAUGUUGAGAGGGGUUCUGGAUAACCAAUUGUUUGUACAUGUUUUAAGUUGCUCGUCUUUCUCUUCCUUUCUCUUUCUCAAUUACAUUGAAUACCUCUCUGGUUAUGCUUACUUUUAAUUAGAUUUAUUUACAGAGGGUGAAAAUUUUAUGUUCUGAAGAGAAAACUUACAUACCAUGAUAUAGAGAUGUGCUUAUUUCCUACCUUGGGUUGUAGACUGGGUUAUCAGAAAAUCCUUUUCAAUAUAUAAGAAGUGUUGUGGUAA